AACUCUGCCCCACAAUUGAAAAUGCCCCCAAAUUCUUCGCGUCACUUUGCGCCCCCUCCCCCACUUUACUCUCUCUCUCUCUCUCUCUAAAUGAUGUGAAAGCUUAGGAAAGAACUCGCAGACCUCGCACUGAAACAACAAAUGGAGGCAAUACUGUGUUUAGAUCGCGUCCUCUCUCUCUCUCUCUCUCUCUGUGUAAAUGAUGUGAAAGCUUAGAGAAGAACUCGCAGACCUCGCACUGAUACAACAAAUGGAGGCAAUACUGUGUUUAGAUCGCGUCCUCUGAUUCCAUUUUCACCUCUAGAUUCUUUGUUGGUCCAAUUGCUGGAAAAUGGUGUCCUCCUUUGACUGCUGCAUUGAGACUCAAUGGCCUGCUGAUGAGCUCCUAGUGAAAUAUCAAUAUAUAUCAGAUUUCUUUAUUGCAUUUGCAUACUUUUCAAUUCCCUUGGAGCUCAUUUAUUUUGUUCAGAAAUCAGCAAUCUUCCCAUAUAGAUGGGUGCUAAUGCAGUUUGGUGCUUUUAUUGUUCUUUGUGGAGCAACCCACUUCAUAAAUUUGUGGACAUUCACUAUGCACUCUAAAACUGUUGCUGUGGUGAUGACCAUAGCGAAAAUUGCUACUGCUGUUGUAUCAUGUGCAACAGCUCUGAUGCUUGUGCAUAUUAUUCCUGAUUUGCUAACUGUCAAAACACGGGAACUAUUUCUGAAGAAUAAGGCUGAAGAGCUUGACAGAGAGAUGGGCCUUAUUAUUACUCAAGAACAAACUGGAAGGCAUGUCCGAAUGCUUACUCAUGAAAUUAGAAGCACCCUCGACAGACACACUAUACUGAAAACUACUCUUGUCGAGUUGGGUAGGACUUUGAACCUGGAGGAAUGCGCUUUGUGGAUGCCAUUACGAAGAGGCAUGAAUCUCCAACUUUCUCACACUCUAAACAAUCUAAUACCCAUUGGAUCUACUGUGCCAAUCAAUCUUCCCAUAGUCAACGAAGUCUUCAAUAGUGCUGAAGCAAUACGAAUUCCACAUACGUGUCCAUUGGCAAGGAUUAGACCAGUAGGAAGAUAUGUGCCACCGGAAGUUGUUGCCGUUCGGGUUCCUCUUUUGCAUCUUUCAAAUUUCCAAAUUAAUGAUUGGCCUGAGCUCUCUACAAAAAGCUAUGCUGUGAUGGUUUUGAUUCUCCCUUUGGAUGGUAUAAGAAAAUGGCGCGACCAUGAAUUGGAACUUGUGGAAGUUGUUGCUGACCAGGUAGCUGUUGCUCUUUCUCAUGCUGCAAUUCUAGAAGAGUCUGUGCGAGCCCACGAUCUGCUCAUGGAGCAGAAUGUUGCUCUAAAUUUAGCUCGCCAAGAGGCAGAGAUGGCUAUUCGUGCUCGCAAUGAUUUCCUGGCUGUCAUGAACCAUGAAAUGAGGACACCUAUGCAUGCGAUUAUUUCAUUGUCUUCACUUCUUUUAGAAAGUGAACUCACUCCAGAACAAAGGGUUAUGAUAGAGACCAUCCUCAAGAGUAGCAACCUACUAGCCACACUUAUUAAUGAUGUAUUAGAUCUUUCUAGACUUGAAGAUGGUAGCCUAGAAUUAGAUGCUGGGGUGUUUAAUCUUCAUGAGGUUUUCAUUCAGGUUGUCAAUUUGAUAAAGCCUAUCACAUCUGUAAAGAAGUUAUCCAUGACACUAAUUUUGGCACCAGAUUUACCUGCCUAUGCUAUUGGUGAUGAGAAACGACUUAUACAAACAAUCUUAAAUAUUGUUGGCAAUGCUGUGAAGUUCACAAAGGAGGGCUAUGUUUCGGUUGUGGCUUCUAUCGCAAAACUGGAGUCGUUGAGAGAUUGGCGACCUCCUGAGUUUUAUCAUCUGUCAAGUGACGGCCAUUUCUUCUUAAAAGUUCAGGUUAAGGAUUCUGGCUGCGGUAUUAUCCCACAAGAAAUCCCACUCAUUUUUACCAAAUUUGCUCAGUAUCGAAGCGGAUCAAGUCGAAAUAAUGGUGGUGCUGGUCUUGGACUUGCCAUUUGCAGACGGUUUGUAAAUCUUAUGGGAGGUCAGAUUUGGAUUGAUAGUGAGGGCUUGGAGAAGGGUACCACGGUUACAUUCAUUGCUAAUCUUGGAAUCUGCAGUAGCCCAAAUGAAUCAAUGCCGCUGCUGAUCACAACUGCAGGUAGAUCAAAUCAAGGGAGUGCUGAACACAUUGGACAUAAAAUUUUUGCCAAAGAUCUCCCGCGUUAUCAAAGAAGUCUGUAGAUGAAAACAGAAGCAGAUUUUCAAUCAUUGGUUUCAAGGCAGAUCGAAAGGCAACACUGAGAUUGUGCAAGUAAUGAUGUUGUUCAAUGAAGUGUUUUGUGUUUUUUAUUUUUUGGAGGCUUUAAUGGAGGGAGGGUGUUGCAGAAAGCUCAGCACAGCCUAAACAAACUGGCUGCAUCAUCGAAGGCAAUAUUCCUUCUUACCCAACUUUUAAGGAAGAAUCCAAAUGCAAAUAUGUAGCUGAAUCAUUUUCAUGAUGGUAUGUAUAUCCACUAUUGUAUGAUCUGCAAACACAUCAGCACAAGGACUUGGCCUUCCCAAGGCUGUUCUUGAUUACCACAAGUGCUCCCACUCUCAAAGCUAAUCCCUAGUUGAUUGGAUUCAAUUUUGUUCACACACCUGACGAAAGGUAUAAACAACAAAGCAAUGGAGUCUACCAUAAUGGUGGGGUCUGUAUACUUUUUAAAUAAGAGAUUGAUUGUUUUGGAUUAAUUACCAUCUGUAAUUUAUGUCAGGUAUAUGAACAAAAUAAUUUUCUAAUCGACUUGUUGCAAUGGACUUUGAUGGGCUCCAUUCAACUUUUACUCUCUA